AUGCCCCCAAACUUUCCCCAGUUGACUCCUCCUUCCGACAAUGAGGAGUAUUAUGCUUCUACUUGUAUAGAAUUCGAGCCGCUGCUGGCAGAGGCCAGCAUCUCCGAGUUUGACCAAGCAUAUCAGUCUGGGAUUUCAACACCUAAUGGCAACAUGCUUCUGACACCGUCUCCGUCAACUCUGGGCAAUGUGGAAGCCGAGGAUCUGCUCCAGUUAGGCUCUCCAUCUAUCUAUCCGGACCCUCAAGCCCACGAGGUGUAUGCAUAUGCCACCGUUGAAUCGAUGCAGUGGUCCUUUACUGGUUCUCCCCAGCCCUCGUUUACCCAGUUCGCUUGGGACAGCCCUUACUCCAACAUCCCAGGGCCUAGUUUUGGUGUGUUGCCUGAUAGUCAAUUUGAACAUCAGCCUCGCCACGUGCCAGGGAUGGACUACGGUUCAAUUUACCAAGAGGCGCCUGUGAUGAGCUCUCCAGAAGAUCAAACCCUAUUCGCAGAGUUUUUGGAGGAUGAACGCAAUGUUAAGACCAAUAUGCCCUAUGCUCAGUACAUCCGAUUGGCGCUCUUGAGCGUGAAGCCUCACAGCAUGAGCCUGGCGCAGAUAUAUCAAUGGUUUCGAGACAACACGGAUAAAGCCAGUGAUAUCAGCAAAGGCUGGCAGAACAGCAUUCGGCACAAUCUUAGUAUGAAUAAAGCAUUCUCCAAACGGGAGGGUGGCUCUGAGUCUAAGAAGUCGUCUGAGUGGUUUCUGGAAGACUGGGCUGUGCACGGUGUGGAAAGCACAACCAGAUAUCGAAAAGGAGGUCCUCCACGUCGAUCACAAGCCUUGAAGCGAUUAUCAGGUCGCAAUGGUCGCAUUGAAGAUCGGAAAAUACGGACUGUAUCGAGUCCAAGGCUCGCUGGCCCCUCCAACGCACGAACGACUUCAGUCCGUAGACGAGCACGAACCCCUAUCAACUACAACUUUUUCAAUGAUCCAAUGCCCAGCCAAGUAACUUGGGUGAAUCGCCCAGUUCCUGCAAUGGCGCCCAUGCCAAUGCCACCAAUGGCGCCAGCACCAAUGCCAUCAGCACCAAUGACAUCUGCACCAAUGCCACCACAGCGCUCCUACAGCAUGCCGGUCGUUCGACAGUCCAUACAUGACUUAUCUCUGGAUGAACAACAAGAUUGCUUGUUUACCGACCCGGAAAGCCAGACUGAAGGCAUGCCAAACAAUUACACGUGGUCUGAGUAAACAGUUCACCUAGACAUGCUCCGGUUUUUCAUUUGGUUUAGUUUAACUUGACUUCACAAUUGUUGUAUAGUUCCCCACAUUGGCUUCUCUUUUUCAGGGUCUUUUCUCUUUUUCCUUUUUCCUCAUCUUUCUUGUCCUUCUCCUUGUGUGUUUUCUUUUCUUUUUUUGUAUUCUUUUUUUUUUCAUUAUGUCAAGUUUCCUACGAGAAAUUCUGUGCAAAAUGAGUGUGUUUACAUGUUGUGCACCUCAUAUGAGACCUUUCACCCACCCACACGCACCCGAUCCUCGAUAGACUAGAAACGCGGAGGCGGAUGUAGACGCAAGCAAAAGCUCAAGCAAUGUACUCCUUUCUAGAACUGGGUAACUGUCACAGCUGGAACGGAAACGGAAACGAAAUUAGAAGAGUAGGAUAAUGGCAUAGAUAGGACAGGAUAGGUGGCGUUAUGGGCGAUACCCAUGAGGAACGGCGCUGGAUGGAAAGGAUAUGUACUACACGACGGCGGUAUUACCAUGUCAAAUUCGCAAUGAGUUACGCAAUAAUGAAAUUAUCUUCC